GUUGCUCAAAAAACUAGCAUUCAGGGCAACAUGUAUAAGACAACUGAUUUUUGCAAAAAAAAAAAAUAACCAAGACAUUGACGUUUGACGUUUACGUAACCCACUUCUCGUACCUCGUCUCCCUAAAUCCUUUUAAAAAAAAGAAAAAAUAUGCUGGGACGGCUAGGCAAGAGGCACGCCGAGAUGGCGGCGUCAUUCGCGACGUCGGGCGCCGGCUUCGGCGGCGCGGCGUUCCUCGGGCUGCUCUACAUGACGGAUUGGCGCGUGUUCGUCACCUACAUCCCCUUCUACGGUGGCAAGUUCGCGGGCGAGAAACAGGAGUAACCAUCCACCACAUGAUCUUAAGUUAUUGUCUAGUGUCCUGUAAAUUGUAAUUAUAAGAAUUAGCAGUCGCUAA